AUGGAUCUUAAGAGGAGAGAUGAAAGUUCUUUCAAUCCUUCGUGGGCUCAAACUGGAUAUUGCAUGGAAUGUGACGGAUUCAAGGAUGAUAUCCACUGUCUCAUGAAAGAGAAAAUAACAUCCGUCGAUAGCUACAAGAACUAUCCAAGUUCAUCUUAUGGCGCUCAUGCUUUUACUAAGAAAAAGUUCGAAUGCCCAGCAAAUAAGUGUGGUGCUGAGAAUCUUUCUCCUCGAGGCUUCUUCAUCGGCUCUUGUUGCGAUGAUGCCAAGAAGAAACAAUCUGCAGGCCUGGAAAAAGCUGCUCAUCUUGGCGUCGUCACAAAAAGAUUCAAGGAAGCUUGCGCUGACUCUGAAAACCUUGAGAAAGCACUCAAAAAUACAAAGGUGGAUGUUGAAAACUUGAAGUUCUCGGUCCAAGCUGCACAUGACUUAUUGACAUACGCAGAACGACCCACUUGCAACGUCUGCUUCGAGUCGUUCAACGACAACGAUCGUCAGGAAUCCACUCUUCUGUGCGGCCAUGUUGCCUGCUACAGCUGCUUGGCGAAACUUCUUCAGAAGCACUGCCCAACAUGUCGAAAGGCAUACACCGCCGAGCAGAUCAUCCGGCUGUACAAGAAUUAG